AUGCCGGGGCGCUCAGGGCCCUUCUCAUUUGGAGGCUACGACUACAGCAGUGCGGGAGGUGAUCCCGGACCUCGUGCCUUGCUGGCGGCGGUGGAUGCAGUGGAGGCUGGCGGCUCCGCUUCCCCAGAGCUCUUUGAAGAGCUCUGCCGCAGAGCGGCGCAGAGCUCGUUGUUCUCCUAA